UUGGAUAUACCGUCGAAGACAUUCCCUUGUAACGUGUUUUUAACACUCCGUCAAUGACACGUGACAACGUCACUGUAUCUGACGUUUUCACCAGUGGCAAGAUUGCAAAUAGUAAACAACCCUAGUCACUCAAUUUCGUGUAAUGUAUUACUUUAAAAUUGGCCCGGUGGUGACGCCAUAAUAUAUAUAUAUACAUAUUUUUAUAAAAAGAGCUCUUGGUGUAAAAAACAAACAAACAAAAAAGACAUGGGAUGGAAUGGAAUUUCUUCAGUAAAUGUAGAAUUCAAAUAUUUUUUUUGUAGGGCACAAUGAAUGCACCUGCCGAAUCACUUCUCAAAUACGAUCGCCCAAUUUUAGUUCCCAAAAGUGCAGAUAAAAAAUCGGCAAAGGGACAACCUGCAAAAGUCCUCAAGUCGAAACCUCAACAGCGUCCGGUCUCUCUGCUCAGUCCUCGAAAAUCCAUAACCGCCACACUUGAUGACAUUAAGCAGAAAAAUGAGGACAUUCUUAACCUCAUCUUUCCACCCAGGAGAUGGGAGGAAGCUAACAGAGAGUGGGUGCAAAGAGUGUGUAAUGAACCCUCCACUCGUGUGGACGUGGUUAACCUCGAGGAAGAACUGGACAAAAAGCUACUGCAAAUGCGUGCCAUGGAGACGGGAAUCUGCCCGUUGCGAAGGCAGUUAUACACAGAGUGCUUUGAUGAGCUGAUCAGACAGGUGGUCCUCAUAUGUGCUGAGAGGGGUCUCUUGUUGCUGCGGGUAAGAGACGAGAUCCACAUGACCAUUGCGGCCUAUCAGACGUUCUACGAGAGCAGUAUGGUGUUUGGCAUGAGGAAAGCUCUGCAUGAUGAACAGGACAAGGUGGCCCUAAAGAACAAACUUUCUGAUUUGGAAAAUUUAAAAGAGGAGUUGAAAGAGCAACUGGAUCACCAAAGAAAGAAAUGUGGGGAAGUGGAAAAAAUGGCGGCUGAAAAACGGCAAGCGCAGGAAAAGCAGCACACAGAGGAGAUUCAGAGCCUGAGGAAAAACAACCAGCAGCUCAAGAGCCAACUGGAGGGUGCCCUCACAGGAAAGAAGUAACUUCACCUACGUGGACUGAAUUGUAUCAAUCCAGUGCUGAACAUCACAAAAUUCAUUUAUUUUUACGUUUUGAGGGCAUCACACUUAUGAAGUUAUGUAGCUCUAAAGCUGAAAAGUUAUCAACCAAGCACGACUACAAUGUGUCUACUUUUUAAAAAUGAGCAAUGACAGAAUAUUCAGCCCCCUCCAAAUGUAUUGGAACAGCAAUGUAAAUUCCCGUUUUCAUUGUAUAUUGAUGAUAUUUGGGUUUCAGAUCAAAAGAUGAAUAGGAGACAAAAGUUCAGAAAUCCAGCAUUUAUUUCAUAUUUACAUAUAGAUAUGUUAAACAACUCUGUAACCAAACACCAUGAAAGUGAGCAAAAGUAUUGGAGUAAACUUAAACUGAGUAACUUAAUAUUUGCAAUAACUGCAUCUAACCUGCAUUUUGCCAAUUAGUUUGGAUGCAUUUUUGUUUAGCUUGCCAGACAAAUUCAGAAUGCUACCAUCACGAGCUACAUCAUCGAUUCAGACUAGUGAGGCCAUUCCAGUGGCAACCAUGCAAGCCCAAGCUCAGACAUUACCUCCACCAUACUUUUUAUAAUUUAUAGAAACGUCUGAUUUAAAAGUUUUAACAAUCCAAGCAACAUUUACCUCGUCUGAAUGAUUCUUAUUUGACUGUUCUCUUUUGCAAUGUGCAGAUGACUUUGUUACACUUUUUUUUUUUUUUUUUUACUAAAACUACAUAUAUUAACUGAUACUUAUUGAACAGUUGUAGGCAUGUCACUUUAUUGUCUUUUACAGUAACUGAGUAUCCAGUCAAUAGUACCAUAAAUCAAUGUUGUCAUUCACAAUCACUAAUUUUAUACGUAUUCUAUAUUCAAAUGGAUGAUUCUAGAUUUCCUUUGUGACAAUUUACGUUCAAUUUAAAGACUAUUAUGUAACAUUUAAUUCACACAUGUUUGCCCUGAAAUCUUUUUGCAUUACAUAUCCUGUGAACUCUAUCUUGUACCAUUUUAAAAACAUUUUUUACACCAGCAUUUCCCUUUGUUAAUGAACUGCCUU